UGCUACCCUCAGAUCUUCCACCCGGAGACCACCGACAUCUACGACAAGAAGAACAUGCCCAGGGCGGUGUACUGCCUCCAUGCGCUCAGUCUCUACCUGUUCAAACUGGGGUUGGCACCGCAGAUCCAGGACCUGUCUGGGAAGGUGGAUUUCACGGAGGAGGAGAUCAGCGACGCAGGGCGGCAGCUGGAGAAGCUGGGGCUGCAGCUGCCCGCAUUCGGCCGCAUCGGGGGCAUCCUGGCUGAUGAGCUCUCGCUGGAUGAGGCAGCAGUGCUGGCCAUCAACGUGGCGGUGCAGCGCGGGGAUGCGGGGCGGACCAUGGAGGCGCUGCUCCGUCCCGGGGCGAUGCUGCGGGGGCUGCGCACGGAGCUGGCGGCCGCUUACCAGGAUGUGCUGCGCGGGGCUCAGAGGGAGAAGGGCAGCUGCGGGGAGCGGGUCCCAGAGGAAGGGGAGGACAUCUACACCCAGUACCUGACGCAGGCGGAGAUCCAGGGGAACAUCAGCAGGGUGAACGUGCACGCAGCUCUGGAGGAGGUGGACGAUGCUGUGCAGAGAGGGGAUGCGCUGCUGCUGCACCGCGCGCUGCAGGACCCCGCACUCAGCCUCCCCCACCUCCAGCGGGACAACCUGCAGCUCUGCCUGGAGCAGCUCCGUGUGCAGCGGGAGCAGAAGGCUCUGGAGCUGGGCUACGUGGAGCUGCUGGAUGAGGAGGAGGUGGCCAUGGGCAUCCAGGUGGCCAACGAGAGGGGAGAGGAGGAGAGAGCCACGCUGCGGGCUGUGAGCGCCAUCAACGCGGCCAUCCGGCGAGGGAUCCCGGCUGCCACGCUGCAGGCACUGCUGGAGCCGUCGGCGCAGCUCCCGGCCGCGCUCCCCCACGCUGCUGCGCUCUACCAACACCAGCUGGCACUGCUGCAGCGCCAGCACCCGCGGGGCGAGCUGCUGCAGGAGGAGCUGUUUGUGGCCGUGGAGAUGCUGUCGGCUGUGGCGUUGGUGAACAGAGCUCUGGAUGCUGGGAACCAUGAGGAGCUGUGGGAUGGGCUGCUCAGCCCUGCGCUGGGGCUGGAGGGUGUGGAGGAGGAGAACGCGCGGCGGUACUUUGACUCCUUGCUGCAGCUGAAGGACCAACUCAGGAAAGCCGGCACGGAGUUCCUGAGCUGGACCGACAUCCAGGACGGCGUGAACGCCACCAACUCCUCGGUGCAGGAGGAGAACGACCGGCUGCUGGCGGUGCAGCGGAUCAACGCGGCGCUGCAGCUCUCGGACCCGCGGAGGACGUUGGCGGCGCUGCUGCUGCCCGCGGCCGCUGUGCCCGACGUGCUGCUGCCCAACGCCGUGCGCUACCACCGCGUCCUCGGCCGUGCGCGGGCGGCCAAAGCCCAGGGCACCGGGGACGAUGGAGCGGAGCUGUGGUGGGAGGAGAUCGAGCGCGGGGUGCGUGCGGCCAACGAGGAGACGGCGGCGGUGAGGCGCAUGGCCCUGGGCACGGCUGCCAUCAACCAGGCCAUCAGGGAAGGGCGGGCGGCGCAGACGCUGCGGGUGCUGCGGAACCCCGACGUGGGGCUGCGCGGCGUGCAGGACGCCUGUGCUGCAGGGUACCAGGAGCAGCUGCAGGCACUGGCAGCCACCAAGAGGCCGACGGGGAGCACCAAACCCCUCUGGGUGCGGCACCGCCUGCGGGACGGCUCUGAGUUUUACCUGAGCCUGCAGAGCUUUGAGGGCAGCUGGGAGCGACCGGGCGAUGCUGAGCUGUGUACCACGCACCUGAGCCGGGAGGAGAUCCAGGUAUGGGACAAAUGGGGCAGCGGGGCCGGGGCUGUGCUGCGUAGGGCUGUGGGAGCACCGGCCCUGAGGAUGUGGAAGGGAAAAGGGGGCAAUGGGCAGCCUGAGCUGGGGGGCAGGACUGGUUCUGGCUGUAAACCGGUGAUGUUCAGACCCCAGUCUGGCUUUGAGCUCCUGUGGUUCUCUUUGAUUUUAUGGCGUUCAGUUCAGUGGCAGAAGGGACCGCUGCCCCUUAUUUGUGCACCCUCUGAACUCCUGCCCACUUCUUGUAACGGUGACCCCCUCAUGGGGGUCGUCCUCAUUUGGUCUCUUCCAACCUCAGCCAUUCUCUGGCUCUCCCCCCAGGCCUGCUGGAGGGGCUACCAGCAGCGCAAGGCUUACCUGCAGCGCCUGCACUUCCUGAGAGCCCACGUGGACGCCGUGAUCAAGAUCCAAGCGGCUGUGAGGAUGUGGAGGGCUCGGAAACGGUACCAGGAGAGGCUGCGCUACUUCAGGGAGAAUAUCGCAGCUGUCGUUAAGAUCCAGGCUUUUGUGAGAGCUAACAAAGCCCGUGCGGAUUACAGGAUGCUGGUCCACGAGCAGAGCCCUCCGCUGGCCGCCAUCCGGCGCUUCGUGCCCGUCCUGGAGCAGAGCCACGGCGACGCGCUGGAGGAGGCGGAGGUGCUGCGGCUGCGGGAGGAGGUGGCCAAAAGGAUCCGCAUGAGCCAGCGGCUGGAGGCCGACCUGAGCCUCAUGGACAUCCAGAUCGGGCUGCUGGUCAGGAACCGCGUCACGCUGCAGGAGGUGGUGUCGCAGUUCAGGAAGCUGACCAGGAAAAACAGGGAGCAGCUGUCGGAGCUGAUGUGCCUGGACAAGCAGAAGGGGCUCAAAUCUCUCAGCAAGGAGAAGCGGCAGAAGCUGGAGGCGUACCAGCAUCUCUUCUACCUGCUGCAGACACAACCCGGGUACCUGGCCAGGCUGCUCUUCCAGGUGCCUCAGAACAAAUCCACCACGUUCCUGCAGCCCGUCAUCUUCGCGCUGUACGGCUACGCCUCCCACCCGCGGGAGGGAUUCCUGCUGCUGCAGCUCUUCAAGGCGGCCCUGCAGGAGGAGAUCAGGUUGGGAGGGGGUGGGGGGUUGGGUUGGGUUGGUUUGGGGGGGUUCAGGGUCUGCCAUGCUGAUGGUGGGCACUCGUUCUCCUCGCGCAGCGGGCUCCCAUACGAGGUGAGCCCCGAGCAAGCCCUCUGCCACCCCGAGGUCCAGCGGCGCCUCGACGCCUCCAUCCGCGCUCUGCUCACCGUCACGGAGAAGUUCGUCUCCGCCAUCACCUCGUCUGUGGACCAAAUCCCCUACGGGAUGCGCUACGUGGCCAAAACCCUGCGGGCGUCCCUGGCUGAGAAGUUCCCCGAAGCGUCGGAGGAGGAGCUGGACAAGGUGCCCGCGGGCUGCGCUGCCGCGUGGGCUUCAGAGGAGCCCUGCUGUGGGGGGGAGUCGCUCCGGGACGAACCUCAGUUGCCAUUUCCCUCGUGGAUUCGUGACCAGUGCUCCCAGUUUGGGCACAGGGACACAGUGCUCCCAGUAUGGGGCGACCCAGUGCUCCCAGUAUGGGCUCAGGGACCCAGUGCUCCCAUGAUGGUUGUGGUGGUGGCGGCGGUGAUGGUGGUGGUAGUGGUGGCAGUGAUGGUUGUGGUGAUGGCGGCGGUGGUGGUGGUGGCAGUGAUGGUGGAUGUGAUGGCAGCGAUGGUGAUGGUGAUGAUGGUUGUGAUGGUGAUGGCGGUGGUGGUGGUUAUGGUGGUGAUGGAUGUGAUGGCAGCGAUGGUGGUGGUGAUGGUGGUGGUGGUGGUAAUGGUGGUAAUGGUGGUGGUGAUGGCAGUGGCAAUGGUGACAGUGAUGGUGGUGGUGAUGGUGGUGGUGAUGGCAUUGGCAAUAGUGGCAGUGGUGAUGGCGGUAGUGGUGAUGGUUGUGAUGGUGGUGGUGCUGGUGGUGAUGGUGGUGGCAGUGGCAAUGGUGACAGCGAUGGUGGCGAUGGUGUUGGAUGUGAUGGUGUUGACAGUGGCGGCAAUGGUGGUGAUGGAGGUGAUGGUGGCGGUGAUGGUGGUGGUAAUGGCAGUGGCAGUGGUGGCAGCGAUGGUGGCGGUGGCGGUGAUGGAUGUGAUGGCGGUGAUGGAUGUGAUGGCAGUGGUGGUGAUGGUGAUGAUGGCGGUGAUGGUGAUGAUCGUGAUGAUGGCAGUGAUGGUGAUGAUCGUGGUGAUGGCAGCGAUGGUGGUGAUGGCGGUGAUGGUGAUGAUGGUGGUGAUGUCCCACAGAAGGUUCAUCGCCGCCGCCUGCCGCGUCCCGGAGCCCGAGGAGCGGUUCAACGUGGAUGAAUACUCGGAGAUGGUGGCGGUGGCCAAACCCGUCGUCUACAUCACGGCGGGGGAACUCGUCGCCACGCACAGGCUCCUCCUCGAGCACCAGGCCUCCAUCGCUCCCGACCCCGGGGACCCCCUGCACGAGCUGCUGGAGGACCUGGGUGAGCUUCCCACCGUCCAGGCCCUGGUCGGAGACAGCACUCAGGGCAUGGGGGGCAGCGCGGAGCCGGCGCUGUCGCAGCUCAGCAGCACGGAGAUCUCCCUCACCCUCACCGGGAAGCCGCUGCCGGAGGUGGGCGGCGAGCAGAGCGACGGCAGGAGCUUGCUGCUGAGCACCAAGCAGAUGCUGGUGGACGUCAUCCGGUGCCAAGCAGGACGGUCCCUCGUGGAGAUCCUGCGGACGCCGGCGUCGGAGCUGGAGGAAGCCUCCCACCACCACCUGCUGCGCCGGCGGGCGCUGUGGGACUCCCAGACCCCCCCCAGACUCAACCCCCGCCGCUCGCUGGGGGCCGUCGGCCAGCUGAGCAUGGAGGAGAAGAAGCAGAGGAUCGUGAGGAACCUGCGGCGCCUGGAGGGCCUGGGGCUGGUGGAUGCAGCCCAGAGCUACCAGGGGCUCAUCGCCGAGCUGGCCAAGGACAUCCGCAACCAGCGGCGCUGCCGGCAGCAGCGCAGGGAGGAGCUGCGGAAGCUGCGGCAGACGCUGCGCGGCCUCGAGGCCAAGACUUUGUUCUACGAGGAGCAGAUCGAUUAUUACAGCCAGUACAUCAGGAGCUGCCUGGACAGCCUGGCAGCCAGCAAUCAGUGCGUUCCUUUCGGGAGGAAAACACCCGGCCGCGGGUGCCCUUACCUGUGCCCUAAUCUGUGCCCUAAACCUAACCCUAACCUGCACCCUAACCCAUACCCUAACCCUAAC